CUCCUGGCCAGGAAGGAGCCAGGCAGAGGAAGUAUUAAGAUGGGUAAUAUAAACACUCCCCCUGCGAACCGGGCCAGAGCAGGCAGGCGGCUGAGCAGGACGUGGCAGGGUGGCAGGUCCUGAGAGCAGAUGGGGCUACCCAUGGAGCAUGGAGGGGCCUAUGCCCGGGCGGGGGGCAGUCCUCGGGGCUGCUGGUACUACCUCCGCUACUUCUUCCUCUUUGUCUCGCUCAUCCAAUUUCUGAUCAUCCUGGGCCUGGUGCUUUUCAUGGUCUACGGCAACGUGCAUGUCAGCACCGAAGACAACCUGCAGGCCACCGAGCGCAGGGCCGAGGGUCUGUUCAGCCAGGUCGUGGGGCUCACGGCCUCCCAGACCAACCUGAGCAAGGAGCUCAAUCUCACCUCCCGGGCCAAGGAUGCUAUCAUGCAGAUGCUGCUGAGCGCCCGGCGGGACUUGGAUCGGAUCAACGCCAGCUUCCGCCAGUGCCAGGGCGACCGGAUCAUCCACGCGAACAAUCAACGCUUCAUGGCCGCCAUCAUUCUGAGCGAGAAGCAAUGUCAAGAGCAGUUGAGGGAGUCGAACAAGACCUGCGAUGCCCUACUGCUCAUGUUGGGCCAGAAGGCCAAGACCCUGGAGGUCGAGCUGGCCAAGGAGAAGGCCGUGUGCACCAAAGAUAAGGAAAGUUCCUCUCUGAGCAAGCGGGUGGUGGAGGACCAGCUGGCCGAGUGCGGGAAGGCCCGGGAGCAGCUGCGUCUGGAACGCCAGCUGGUGGAGGGCCGUCUCCAGAAGGUGCAAUCCGUCUGCCUGCCGUUCGACAAGGAGAAGUUCGAGACGGACCUGCAGAACUUAUGGAGGGACUCCAUCAUCCCUCGCACUCUGGACACCUUCGGCUACGGCCUCUACAGUCACAUCAACCCAGAAUUGAAUUCCAUCCGAAGAACCUGCGACCACAUGCCCACCCUCAUGGCCUCCAAAGUAGACGAACUGGCCCGGAGCCUGAGGUCGGGUAUCGAACGCGUGGCCCGCGAGAACUCGGACCUCCAGCGCCAGAAAUUGGAGGCCGAACAGAACCUACAGGCCAGUCAGGCGGCCAAAGAGAAAGUGGAGAAGGAGGCUCAGGGCCGGGAGGCCAAACUCCAUGCGGAAUGCGCCCGGCAGACUCAGCUAGCGUUGGAAGAGAAGGCUGUGUUGCGUAAGGAGCGGGACAACUUGGCCAAGGAGCUGGAGGAAAAGAAGAAGGAGGUGGAACACCUCAAGAUGCAACUGGCCGUGGCCAACUCGGCCCUGGACACCUGCAUCAAAGCCAAGGUGGGCUGGCGGACCCCCCGAGGGAGGCCGGCCGGCUGACCUUCCCCUCUCUCCGCAGACCCCGCCAGCCUGGAGGAAUUUAAGAAGAGGAUCUUGGAGUCCCAGCGGCCCCCUGCAGGCAACCUCCCAGCCUCGCCCAGUGGCUAAGGACGCUCCAGCCCAAGGACCGAGUGGUGGCCCCGAAUUGCGCCUCAACAGACUCACUGCAAGAAGAUGCUCUCGGCGCCACGAAAGUCCCUUCCCGCUGUCCCCAAGCCCCAGGCCCGCAGGCAAUGCCACCCACCUGCACACGCACCCCCUGUACUCUGUCACAGCCCCGCACCAGAAACAUAGCAGUGAUGUCACCACAGCCCCUCCCCUAGCCGUAGCAAUGACGUCAUCACACCCAUUCCCCUAUACCUACAAUGACGUCACCACAGUCCCUCCCCUAGCUGUAGCAAUGGCAUCCCCACAGCCUCUCUCCUAGCUGUAGCAAUGACUUCAACACACCCAUUCCCUGAGACAUAGCGAUGACAUCACCAUAGCCAUUCCCCUUGACGUAAGAAUGACGUCAUCGCAGCCCCUCCCCUAGCCGUAGCAAUGGCAUCACCACAGCCCCUCCCCUAGCCGUAGCAAUGACUUCCCCACUGUCAUUCCCCUAGCAGUGACAUCACAAUAGCCAUUUUCCUUGGCGUAGCAAUGACGUCACCACAGCCCCUCCCCUGGACGUAGCAAUGACGUCACACGCAGCGCUCUCAGUUUCCCUCCUACGCUCUCUGCCCAACCCUCAGCUAGGCUGUCCCUGCCCUCCUGGGUGGGUGCAUGUCGCCAAGACACCCCCAUAUUCCACUCCUUCCUGCACAGCCCCAAGUCCCGCCUCCUCCAUGCUGGCCCAGGAGGUGAGAACAGAAAGCCUUUCACCCCUCACUUCCACUGCUUUCCCCUCUGACAGUUUCUAGGCCCCCCUUGCUGGGACUGCCCUUGCAAACGGCAGCCCAUCCCAUCCCGACCCGACCCGACCCGACCCCCACUCCCAGCCCCGGUAUAGCCCCCUGAAACCCUCGUAGCACUUAAUAAAUGUAAGCGAACCCCU